AAAGUUUGCGGAAGCGACUCGUUCAAAUAAACUCUACAGUCUGUCUAAUCGACACGGACUCAUUCACGUCUGCGCCGUGUUGUACUUCUUAUAAGCAGAUAAUAUAAGAACUUUAUCUCUCUUAUUUAAAAAAAAAGCAUUUGUUUCUCUACACUUCUAUCUAAUCUGGAUUUUUCGUAAGCUUUUAUGAAAUUGUAACUCAGCUUAAGACUUUGUCAAUCUAAAGUUAAGAGUGUUUUGAAUUACCUUACCUGUUUGAUAUCACAUUUAUUGUAAUCGCCCAAACUGACUCAUUGAAACAAACAAAAAAUGUGUUUUAAACGCAAAAGGACUGAUUCUCUUACUAAGUCGCCACGUUUUACCAAAAUUAGAGAAAAAAACAUGAGACGCCACUUGAUUGCUUUAGACGGCCGCAAGCCUGCAGACUACGCCUUUGAAUGGUAUCUAGAGAAUUUCGCUAGGCCCGACGACCAGGUGGUGAUCUUCCAUUGCUCCCUGUUUCAGUUAAGCAUAGCUCUCCCAGGAGCUGCAGUCAACGUAGAUGCCGUCAGCAAGCAGGUACAAGAGGCUAUGGAUAGAGCCAACACAAUCACACAGAAUGCUAACGAAGUGCUGAAGGCCAAAGGCAUCCGAGGCUACAUCAUCAUUAAGUCCGGCAUGAAGCCCGAAGAGGCUAUCCUUUUGACAGCAGAGGAGGAAAAAGUGGACCACAUUUUCAUGGGCACAAGAGAUCUAAACUCGUUAGAGCGUGUCUUCAUAGGCAGUGUCAGCACCAAUGUUGUCCGUAAUGCCAAAGUGCCAGUGACUAUAGUCAAGAUGUCACCAUCGUAGAGUAGCAGUGACGUACAGAAAGUAUUUGGCCUUGAAAAACACAAUAACUCAACAAGUUCACUUCUCUCAGUGCUAUGGUCACUCUCUACCAAUGUAGUAGUUGUUUGGGUUUUUCCCUCAUCAAAUUUACAAGGAAUAAUUUUGGUUUGAAGUAUUUGUUUUGUUUUGAACUGGGUACUGUAGAAAUAUAGGAACAAUACAUUUUUUUAAAACCCAUUUCUUUAAAGACCUAAGUAAAGCAUCUUAGAAUGUUUCUUUCCUCCAAGCAAAAUUGUUACCAAUUUUAAAUUGUAUCCAUAUUUGUUUUAUUGCAGCCUAAAUACAAUUGUUAUAUACCCUGAGAAGCUCCAGUGCCACUAAAUCUUGUUCUUGACAAUUAGAUAAUGCCCAUUUGAUUAAGAAAAUGAGUGAGAGCGUAUUAUUUUUGAAAUGUAAACCACUUAUCACAUAGAUUCAUAAUUACUUAGAAACAAAAAAAAAGAUGUUUGAUUGUAAUUAAAUUAGCAAUUUUUUUUAAAUAUAACAUUGUAGGAAAAAUAACACAGUUAGAUGUAAAUACUUAGCAGAUGAUACCAUGGUUUAAGUGAGACCAGUAGUCAUAAAAGGCCCAAAUGUUGAACAGCAACGUCACAAUAUGUGGGCCAUGUCUGUAUGAUGUAGCAACGAACUAUUGGUCUCCACUGCCUACAGCUUGUGAAGUUGCAGUUCAGUUUUGAUGCUCACUAUGACGAUUGGUUUGGCUACAUUAGAUUAUGGGUUAAUUUGACUAAUACACCCUUAUACACCUAUCACAAUGUGUCCUCUCUAUAGUUCCCAGUUGAAGACCAGUAUAAAACCAACUAAAGGCCAACCCAAGAUUUGUGCUGUUACUGUGAGAGAUGUUUUGCAUUUAUUAUGUCAUAGUCAUAUAUCUGUAACAUCCGUUUUAAAGUGCAUUUAAACAUGGUGUGUAUGUGUUUACACAGGCACACAGGAAGAAGCGAUGAAAGUGUUACUGUGUUUUUUUCUCCAAUGUUUAAAAUAUGCUUGUUUUAGUGGGGGGAAAUCAAUGCACGGUCAGAGGCUAAGUCUAAAUGGAAAAAUAUUAUAUGAAAUUAUGUUUGUAAACAAAUCAAUAAAUACUAUUUUUUUAUAUUUAUUACAUAA